AUGCAAAUAUCUCUAUUAAUGACGGGAGUUCGGAGAGUCGCAAUAACUGGUCUGGGGGUCUGUACACCUUUGGGUUUCAGUGUAUCAGAAUUAUGGGCGAAUCUUUUGAAAGGCUCUUGUGGAAUAUCAAAGACGCUUGAUGAAUUUUCUUUUUUGCCUAGUCAGGUUUUUGGGAGCAUCGAUAACCAAAAAUUGGAAGAACGAAAGUCUUUUGUAGAGUCUGAAGUCUAUAAGUCAUGUGGUUUGGAUAUUUCUAAUGAUUGGAGAUCUGUGUCACGUGCUAGUGCCCUAGGUAUUAUUGCAACUUAUGAAGCUUUCAAACAAGUGAAGUGGAAAGCAAACUCAGGUUAUCGAGCAGGUGUUUGCUUUGGAGUGGGGUUGGACGGUCCAAAUGAAGUUAUGAAUACAUCAUCAGGAAUUUUAGCCAAGAAAUACUCUAUUAUUGGGCCUCAUGCUUUAACAAGAACACUCGGUAAUAUCCCAGCUGCCAUAAUAAGUCGAAUUUGGGGACUACGAGGACCAUGUAUGACAGUCAACACCGCAUGCGCUGCUGGCCUACAUUGCAUUGGCGAAGGCUUCCGUAUGAUUCAGAAUAACGAAGCUGAUCUGGUUGUUACUGGUGCAUGUGAAUCUCCUUUGAAUGCCUGGAUAAUCGCUGCUUUUUGUCGAUUACGUGCAUUAUGUACACAAUUUAAUAAUAAUCCUGAGAAAGCCUCCCGUCCAUUUGAUUCCUUGCGAAAAGGAUUUGUGUUAUCUGAAGGUGCAGCUACAGUUGUAUUACAGGCAUGGCCUCCUCCAGACAGUUUCUUAAUGGAAUCAUUUAUGGAAACACCAAAACCGAUAGCUGAAGUUAUUGGUUUUGGAAGGUCUGGAGAUGCACAUCAUUUGGUUGCACCUGAUACAACAGGAAAUGGAGUACUUCGAAGUAUGCUAAAUGCCUUCAGAGACUCAAAACUUAAACAUUUCAAUCAAAUUGGACACAUAAAUUGUCAUGCAACAUCCACCCCUGUUGGUGAUUUAACAGAGCUGAGCGCUAUUGCACAAAUGUUUGGUGAAUAUUUUAAUCCUCAAUACCAGACACCUGUUGUAAUCAAUUCAAUUAAAGGUCACCUUGGUCACUGUUUGGCAGCAGCCGGUGCCAUAGAAACCGUGUACGCUGCUUUAUCUGUUAAUCAGAAUCAAAUUUGUGGAAACCUCAACCUGCAUAAUCCUAUCUCAAUUUCUGAGUUGUUGGAGGUUUUAAAAUCUAAUUCCAGUUCUUCAACUAGUAUAUCUUCUAAUGAAAAGUGUAUAG